AUGGCUUUUCUAAGAUUUUUUACCAAGAAUACCUGGCAAGCCAAAUCUACUCUUAUCCGAUUAUUUGCUGCACAAAAUUCAAUUGAUAAGUGUUUACAUGAUGAAUAUUCAUUUUAUAAUCAUCCAAAUUUUGAUCUUCAGGACAUCGUAUCAACUUGUGUAAAAAUCUCGAAAAAUGAGAAGCCGGUACAAGAUUUAUUAACAAUGCUGAAAUAUUGUGAAAUUAGCACAUUUAAAAGCAUUACAGAUCGCCAAGCAAAUAUUGUGCUCAAAGUAAUUCAGGAUAAUUUCAACCCAAAUCAUAGAUAUAGAAAUUUCCCAUAGAUGGCACUGUUUGCCCUUGAUUUGCCCAGGAGGAAAAUUUUUUGGUUUGACCAAACCAUAUGGUACUGGUCGACCCAAAAAUUCCCCCAGUGGGCAAAUCAAGGGCAAACAGCGCCAUCUAUGGGAAAAUUCUAUAUUUCUUAAAAGGAAUUACUUACAUACAAGAAGGCGUAGGGAUAAACUUUUACAAAUACCUUGAAAUGUCUAAUAUUUAUGCUGAUCUUAUAUUGGCUCAUUUGGUGGAACUACUUAAUUAAUUAUUUAUUGUAAUUAGGCAUAAGGGUCACUGGAAAAUUAAACCAUAUAAUUAGAAGCUGAAAAACUCUCUGCGAGAACUUAUUUUGACGGUGCCAUUUUAUUAUUACCAUAUGGUGGAAUUGCAAAAAAAGCAUAAUAUGAUCACCCAUUUCAAGCUAAAAAGCGCGCUAGUUGGGUAUAUCAUGGUAGUGGGCAACCCCUUAGCGAAGGCCAAACAAAUAUAUGAUGCUACUAGACUUAUACAGAAUCCUGAGAGCAUUAAAAAGUAUAAAAUUGCUUAUGAGCGCAUGGCUGCCAAGAUUGAUCCUCAAGAGUUCUUCUUACUCCCCCCUCCGGGAUUAAUUUUUUUUUUUUAAAAAAUUUUAUAUAUAAAUUUUAUAAAAUUUUUUUUUUUCGAAAUUUAAAAAAAAUCCUAGUUCGCAAAAAUUUGAAAGCAAAUAUUAAUUUAAUUUAUAAAAUUUAUGUUUUAAAAAGCAAUUCGUUUAAAAUUAAACAUAAUCAGCUCUAGAUUUCAUUAUACUAAUUAUCACUUAUAUCUCAAAAUUUUUUUUACAUAAAAAAUUUUUUCUAUUAAAAAAUUUUUGUUCACUCACGGAGGGUGGGUUUUUUUGGCAAAAAAUAGCGAUUUUUCUAAUGGUUUUGUUCACUCACAGGGGGGGGGUUAGGAGAGAAGAAAAAUUCAGAUUUGAUGAAAAAAAGCUUUGCAAUAGCACAAGAGGUGUGCAACGACAUAAAAUUCGAAAUUAACAAAAAAAGGUUUUAA